GUGUAUCGCGCGUCUCGUCUGGGGUUUUUUCCCGCUGUUCGCCCAGUUGGUCGAAUCGGGCGAUUCAAACAACCGUCUGAACUGGAGAGAAAAUUUGUCGUGUUGUGUUUUGUUUCAUCUCCUCGAGACGGGAAUCUGUGCGGCGAUGAUUCGUGACGCGAUUGUUCACAUGUAGAGGCGGCGUUUCGCGAUACGCGCAUUUGUUAGUGCUUCUCUGUGCGUUCGAUCGUACCUAGAUAUUCAUCAUAAUCAUCAUCAGCUCGUCGCGAUGACGACCGAGACUCCGAAGGUGGAAUUCGCCCUCGGCAGCGAGGUGUCACCCGGUCGUUUCUUUAAAAGCGCAUUCGCGCGCAAUUUCAUCAGCAGUGGCCGCGACUGCAAGUCCUUGGAUUACGAGCUGCUCGAUAACGCCGUCGUGGACGAGCGGGAGGAUCGCAACAACAACGCCCGGAACAAUUUCCUCUCGCUCGUGAAUUUCGCGGACGACAAGCCGGUAAACGUCAACGACGACGCUGCCGCUCUCUGGGAGCAGCCGAAGCCGAAAAAUGAGGCGGCACAGUCAGCUGCAGAUGCGAACGAAUUGGAGAAACUUCGAAAGCAAUGCCAAUUGCUGAAAAAGGAAAACCGGAGAUUGCAGAGCGCCUUCCUGCAAAACGUCUUUCUUCAAGCGCGAGUCGACACGCUUCAAUGGCAGGUCAAACAGGUUGAAUCAAACAGGCAAAUGUACCGUUCUACGAUGGAGCAGGUCGCUCAUUUCUUGGGCCGGGUGCACAGGAGCCUGGAGAUCCUUCACACCAAGGAAAAUCCCAAGGACAAGAGACGCGUGCCUCGCAGUCGCAGCGUGCACACGGUAGUGCACGCGGAUCCGUCGCCGAAUCGCGGUACCGCGACGCCGUCGUCCUCCUCGUCGACGUCCUCGCCGUUCACGCGCGCCAAAUCGGUCACGCAGAUCAGCUCACCGAGCGCUAUUUGCUUCCGCGAGUUUACCUGGUCGGUUCUUCGGAGGAACGACCCGGUGCACUGCACAUCGCCACGCGCCAAGCCAUCGCAGGAUCUCAACAAGACCAACGACGUUCCCGAUAACGUCGUUUAUCGCGAACCCAAGCAGACGGAGUUGAAUCCGGACGAUGUGCCGCCGGAGAAGCUGUCCCAGGAGGCGUAUAGGUUACUGAGAACCGUCGAAUCCUUGCUGGCGAUGCGAGAGCCCGAUCUCGCGAGAGUGACGCCGAUCGAGGACAACGGAUCCUCCCCGUCUCCGACAGUAGACCAUCGUCAUCACGAUGCAUCUCUAUCCUUACCGAACGACAACUUUGCCAAUUCGACGAUGCUGCAGGAAGCCACCUAUGCUCCCGGCAGUGGUCAUGGAAACGAAUCGAUCAACAAUGAUCAACAAGACGACAGAUCGGGAAACCUCAUCAAACCGCCCGUUGCCGAGUUUACUCGAAAUUUGCACGCCUUCGUACCAGGCGUGAGAAGAUCGCCCGAUACCGCCUCCUGGAACUCGAGUAGCAGUUCGAAAACGACCGAGGAGGAGGAUACCGUCGCACUUGCCACACCAUCGAAUGGAACUACGUCCAACGGCACGCCAACCUCGACUCUCAGUCGAACCGCGAAGCGAUUGGAGAAGAAGGAAUCUAAUCCGGGAAAUUUGGCUGGCAAGACCAAGGUAAAGCCGGCCAGCAGCCCGGUAAGCAGCGCCGAAGGUGAGAGCGGAUUCUUCUCGAUCAGCUCCUUCCAGGAGGUCGGUCUGCCGCCUUCGACGGCCGCGCCAGUCAUGCCUGUCAAGGGGUGCCACACGGAAGUAGGCUUGCCGGAAGUGCCUCUCGACAAGGCCAGACAUAGACGGUGGUCCUCCACACCCGCUGAAAUCCAGGCGCUCUUCAAGCAGCAUCGCGCGAGCUUCGGUGGGACGCCGCAAACCGUCACCGAGUCCGUCAGCGUCUGUUGGGUUUGAACCCUGAGCGAGAUACGAUCGCGCCGAAUACGAUCCCACCGCAUACGUCCGCGGAAUUCCGCAGACUAGAUUCGCUCGAAGUCACGAGCCAGACUUACACGAUCGAUUUUCAGGAAUAACAUUUAGAUAGAUCGAUAGAGAAUAUUCAAGUAAGCCGUAAGAUUGUAAAUAAUUUCCUAUAAGCAAUCUCUCGUGCGGUCUCUUUUCUUACGUUGAUAAAAUAUGUAGAAUCGUAGCAUUGAUAUAACGAUAGCAGCUGCGAUUACGUAUCGUCGCUAUUCGAAAAGAUGUCGAUGCACAUAUGUAAUUUGUUUAAUGUUUUCGAGAGGAUCUCGGAGUACAUUAACGGAUAGAAAAUCAGGAAUUUAUAUAUGCCUGCGUAAUCGAAUUUCAUAGAUCAUGCGGGGGCCAUUCUGUAAGUAUAGAAAAGAAGAACUGUACUUUCGACAUAUCUGUAAUCAGCCAUAUCUCUCGUAGUUUCGCGAAUAUCGUACAUAUCAGUAUCAAUGAAACUUUUCCCGUCUGUCGAUAAUAACUUUGUCUACACUGCAGUUUCGAUCACUAAAAAUUUAUAGACGUUAUUUACGUUUUGCGGUCGUUUCCAUUUGAUCGUUUAAUUUAGUCAUUAUUUAGUAAAUUAAAUUGUUAUUUGACUUGCAUGUGUUGAUUUUAUCUAAUUUUCGAAAAUAACGAGAAAGUAAUUUUAAUAAUUUAUACUACUGUAUCGCAAAAUAUAGUUAAGUUAAUAAAAUUUGAUUUAUUAAAUGUGCAUAUAACACAAUUUAGAUGUGGAAGAGAGAAUGUUAGAGGAGUAUACGUGCAAAAAAGAAAUUGUUUUACUUUAAACGAUAAAUUAAAAUCUGCUGCAAAUGUUUCUUCUUUUGCAAAAACUUAUAUUUUGCAAGGGUUGCAUAGGUUUCCGUAAUUCUAUGUUUCUUGUGCAUAUUAAUAUCAAUGUGAAAUAUUUUUAAUUUGUUCACAGCUGUUACUUAACUGUAAAAAUCAAUUUAUUCGCAUAUGACUAUUGGAAAUAAUGAAGUUGAAUUGAUUUCACAUUGAAAGAUAUUCAAUUUUUGAUAUUCUCUUCGGAGUUAAUAAAUAAAACUAUAAACCUCACAAUUUCUCCCUCUAUGUUUAUUAUGUAAGCGUAUUGUAAUUCACUAGAGGGCAACAUAUCUUUUUAUAUAAUAAUAUCGCGUGA